UCAGUAGAGUAAUCAAAACUUACAAGAAAAGGUUUACAAUGCAGCUAUCCUCGCUACUUCGCUUGCUUCUGGAUUUAGCUCUUUUCUAAUGCUUUACUAAUCCGUGUGGUCAACAAUUGUACUCUGGCACAACCAGUCGAGUGUGAUAGCUACACAUCAUAGCACAUGCAAUCAUACUUACUCAUCUACCCCAAUCCUUUCAGAUCACCAUUGUAACCAUCCUGUGGAGUUCAUCGUUGUAACACAUGUUACUCAGUUUCUCGCAUAGUCGCACUUGAGUCAUGAGUCAACCCAACAACUAUUAGCUCUAAUGAUGAAUUGCUUUAAGUUAGGUUCCGACAAUGUGCCAGUGUGUGGCAGUCUCGUGGACAGAAAUACUCGUUGUGCUCACUACCAUUCAGUCCUCGAUAUUGUAGCUAUCAAGUUCAGAUGCUGCGGAACCUACUACCCGUGCUAUAAGUGUCACCACGAGUGCACCAAAGAUGAUCAUGAACCUCUGCGUUGGUCCAAGAAAGAGCUCAAAGAUUUCAAGGUCAUAUUGUGUGGAAACUGCUACUCCGAAUUAACCUUCCACCAAUACUCUGGGGGAAGCGCCACAUGUAUCCUGUGCAGGGCCAACUUCAACCCAAAGUGUGCACUCGACUAUGAUAUUUACUUCGAGAUGAGUGGGGCAGACUAAAGUAUUCAGUGUAACAUCUUAUGAACUUCGAAGUCUUUGAGAUUUGGUUCUCGAAGUAAAAUUGUCUAGUAUUCUAUUCCGGUCUUAUGAAGAACAGGAAAGACUAGUUUGAAUAAAUUCGUUACUGUUCA